AUAAUGUUAUACUAUCGACAUGCGACCCAGCAACAGAGUGUUGGUUAUACAGUUGGUAUAACUGAUAAUACAAUUUUGUUUUAAGAAUGUCAGCCUGGGUUUUAUGGUGAACGGUGUAAACAGUCAUGUAAUAACAGAAAGUGUGGAAUACCAAAUACUGAAUGUAAUCAUAAUAAUGGAUCAUGUUAUGGAGAUUGUUUACCUGGUUAUAAAGGUCUUGAUUGCAGUCACGAAAUCCAAACGUCUGCUGUGGAUAACAAAGCUGUUAUUUCAUCAGUAGUUGUGUUACUAUUAGCUGUUGUUGUCGUGAUUAUCAUUAUCAUGUAUCGUCGCAGAAAAUCGAGAAAAGAUAAGAACUCUGAUGAAGUAACAACGGAACCAGUGACCGAAAGCUGUAAUAAUGGAAACCAUAAUGUACCAGUAAACGGGGCUGAUCCCACUUAUGUAAACGAUGAAAUGCUUGCCAUAGAGCUGGCUACUAUCACAAAAUACGAGGACAGUUCUGAAGAUCCCCUCUCAAAGAAGGUGAUUAAUAAUAAGGAACAGAAGAAACCAUCCAAGAGAGAAAAGUCGCCCCCAAAUGUGUGUGAACAAGAGUCCGAGACCAAUUAUUAUAACUUGCAAUCCGUUGUACAGAACAAAAGAAUUGAUGUAGCUCAUCUGGAAGAUGUGUUUACUAAGCUAAAUUCAAGACAAGGUGUCUUUACUGAUAUGUUCAAGGGCCUGUCGUCAGAGUUCAGUGCUGUAUAUGACGAUUCACAAAUUCAAGAAAACAGAGCCAAGAAUAGAUAUCUGGGAUAUUAUCCUUAUGACCACAAUCGUGUUAUACUCAGUGAAGUUGGAAAUGAUCCACAUUCUAAUUAUAUUAACGCCAGUUACGUAGAUAGUUACAGGCAGAGCCAAUUUUUCAUAGCAGCACAAGGUCCGACUAAAGUAACGAUAAACGACUUUAUCAGGAUGAUUUUUGAAGAGAAAGUUGUCAAGGUUGUUAUGUUAACAAAUUUGGUUGAAUCCAGGAAGAUUAAGUGUGAAAGGUAUUGGCCGGAGACUGGAAGAGAAGUGUUCGGUAACCUAGAACUUAUUCUAGAUGAAGAAAUUCAACGAGCAAGCUAUACAACUAGAAAGAUCAGCCUAAAGCAUUUGAAGUCCGGCAAAGAGCACCAGACCCUUUUGUUUCAUUUUACAGCUUGGGCUGACCAUGACGUACCGGAAGUUGCAGAUUUAUUAGAUUUUCUAUAUUGUGUUCAAGAUUAUAAAGCCGAUUCAAACUCGCCUACUCUAGUUCACUGCAGUGCUGGUAUAGGAAGAACUGGUACAUUUGUAGCUAUAGAUGCUCUUCUGAAGGAAGGAAAUGCUACAGGAAGUAUUGACGUUCUACAGUUUCUUAAAACUAUGAGAUGUCAACGAAAGGGCAUGAUACAAACAGCCACUCAACUUAAGUUUGUCUAUGAAGCUUUGGUUGAAGCAUUUAAAUAUGGAAAGACUAGUACAUCUGUAUUAGAGUACGAAAUGAUAUCUGGAAAAUCUAAGAAAUUCCAUUUGACAAAAUGUUUUAGAAACAAAGAACUGCAGUUGCUAAAAGGAAUGAUAAACGAAGCAGAUAAGAAUAAGAUCUAUGUACCUGAGAAACCACAGUUGGAUAUUCACAGAGCUUCAUCAUGGAAGAAAAGUAUUGGUUAUGUUAUCAGUGAUAUUAAAGGGCAUGACAUGGAAUCAUUGUGGAAUUUAAUCAGAGAUCAGGAAAGUUCUGUAGCUGUGGUAAUAUUAAAUGACCAGAAUCAGGUGUCAGUUUAUCCCAGUUCUGGCACUAACGAAAUUAUUGGCAAAAUGACUAUUUCGUCAGAAGUAGACUAUUUAUCAACAGAUGGAUUACAAAUACUGACUGUUACUAGCUAUAAACAGAACAUACAACAUGUGUGUAAGAUGAUAAUACUGAAAACUGGAAGAGGGUAUGGAUUAGAAUCACUGAAAUCAGAUAUUACAGAACUGAUACGACUGACUGAUCAAUAUGAUUCCACACCUCAUCCAGUCACAGUUAUUUACAGUGAAAUGCAACAUGCUGCUAUGUUUUGUAUUGUAAGAAAUAUACUAGAAAGAAUGAAACUUGAUAAGGAAGUGGAGAUUUUUAACACCACAAGAAAAAUUCAACAAUCAUUGAAUGAUGUUAUUAAUCAUAAGGAUGAAUACGACUUUAUCUAUAAAAUGACCAGUGAACUAUUAACAAGACUGAAUAUUUAUGAAAAUCUGUAAAGUUCUUAGCUUUAAGAUUCAUUUAUGUUGCUAUACAGCAUGUUUAGUUUAUAGUUUGGAAGUCACAUUAAUUAGAGUUUUACACUAUUGUUUUUUUUCGGAUUAUUAUUAUUUUCUUUAUACAUUUUGCUUAUAUCUCUGGAAGUACCCAUUGGAUUUCGUAGUUCAUGCGAAAGUUUCGAAACCUUUUGGGCCAGGCGAAAUGCAUGAAUUCGUGUUUUUGUAAAUGUUGUUCUAAUUUGAACACAGCAGGCCAGUAUGGUUUGGGGUAUUUUUUUUACUUCGAUUGGGUAUACAACUUUCUAUCCAUAAUUGUUGAAAAAUGUUAUAUAGUUAUAUUUUUAUAUUUUGAACAUUUGUUAGUUGUUUUUGGAUUUGUAAUAAUGUUAUCUAUAAUUGAUGAAAAUAAUAUUUGCAUACAUCUAUACAUGUAAUUGGUAUCAAUUGUUCUCCGCCUUUCGAAGAAAGUAGGGGACUUUUAAAAUGGUUCUGUCCGUCUGUCUGUCACACUUUUUAAGGCACAAUAACUCUUCUUCUAAUUGAGCUACAAUGUUCAAACUCGGGGUAGGUGUUUCUUAGGUGGAAUGCCUUGAUUGUGUUCGAAGUUGGGCAUUUUCUCUGCUUAAGGUAAGCAGAGAUCAGCCGUUUGUGCUUUAGGGCGCGAUAACUUUGGUCCUGAUUAUGUGAGAGCGAUGAAACUUGGUGUAUAGUUUCAUUACAUCAAUACCUUGACCAGGUCCGAUAAUGAGCAUUUUGGGCUCAUUGUAAGCAGAGCCAUGAGCAAUUGGAUUGGUCGAGACUUUGGACCUCGACAACUUUGAUUCUAAUGGAGUGGUAGUAGUGAAACUUUGUGUAUAUUUUCAUUACAUCAGUACCUUAACAAACUUCGAUGCUGAGCAUUUCUGCUAAGGCAAAGUAGAGACUUCGAUCUGAUUGAGGUAGAAUGUUUGAACUUGGUGUAGGUGUCUAUUAGGUGAAUGCCUUGACCCAGUACGAUCAUGCGCACUAAGGUUAAGCAGAGAUGUUCAGUUUGAUACCUUGGAACACGAUAACUUUGGUUCUAACUGAACACCUUGGCUAUGUUCGAUGAUCAGAUUUUUUUUGCUUACGCCAAGUAACGAUAAGCAAUUUAAUUUGCUUUUAAUUGAGGUAGAAUGUUUAAAGGAGCUAAUUAUCUAACUCAAUAUUUUCCAUAAUAUUUGAAAUUAAAAUCACGAAUUAGAAUUCAAUAUUGAUCAAUUUCAAUCAAUAUUGAUGUUGUUAUCUUGCCGUGAAACUAGAGGAUCCUAAUAUCCAAUAUUUAAAACACAAUUAAUGAAAAGAUAUAAAAAUAAAGUCCUACUGUUUUGCUCCGAACUGGGCUAAUGAAGACGAGCAUACGUCAUACAGUCUGCUAGGAUGGAAAUUUUGCCCAGACAGCGGCAAUACGGCCUACUUUUAUAUCGAAUUCCAACUGUCAAGGGAUAUUUUACGUGCACGCCAAUGUGUACACGGGACCUCGGUUUUUCGUUCCACCCGAGCGACUAGACAGCUGUCCUUCAUCACUGACAUCGGGGAAUCACGUCGGAAAAUAAUGCGAGCCAGCGUCUUACCCACUUAGCCACAGUGACCCCAUACAACAAGACAGUGUGGAACUAAUUAGUAAAGGCUGAUUCACAAACGACAAAAUAAUAAUUUUAAAAACGUGUAGAAUGGACUAAGCAGGCGUAAACGAAUGCCGUUCAAUUUGAACUGUUCCCGUAUAUCACCGAACAUAUUUUAUUAAUUAGAAAUUACAAUAUUAAUUCAAAAAUUGAAUAUGUGCUUUUAAAACCAUUUUCAUCUAUUUCAAAGUUCCAAAAAAUAGAGCCACAUGCCCUUUAAACUGGAUAUAGAUGUUCAUUAGCUAAGCAAUUUUAUUGGCCGAGGCUUUGGGACAAGUAACUUUGAUUCUAACUGAUAGGGAGUAAUAAAACUUAAUAGCGUAUAGUUUCACUAUAGUUUCACUUCAAAACCUUGACCGAGUUUGAUCGUGAAAAUUUAUGCUUAGACUAAGUAUAAAUAAUCAGUUUGAUUUCUCUAUAAUUUUGAAAAAGAUAAAUGUGCAAUUAAUUAAUAUGUGUCGUCUAUUGAUUUUGGGAUUCGGCAGGGAACAUCAGCCUCAUUGUUUUAUUUAUUGCUUAGUUUUAAAAAUCAAACUUAAUAUUGCUUCAAUUUGUUCUUCUUUUAUUAUUUAAUCAUUUAUUUGUCUUUUUUAGAUUAUUUAUUUUUUUCAUAAUUUAUUUAAUAUUUUUAUUCAAAAAAGGGUCUCUUUAUAAUUGAUUAGAAGUCGAAAAAUUUAAGUUUAAAAUGUACAACAAGUUAAUAAUUCCUGGCAAGACAGCAGCAGAGUUGAAUACCAUGAAUGAGAAUGACAAAUAAUUUUAAAUAAGUAUAAAUUGUCACGAUUAUCCUGAUUAUUUGCAUUCUUGAAAAAUAAAAGCCUAAGACCUCAUAUGCCAAAUUUAUUUUAAAAUCAUGGUAAUAGCAAAUUCCAUGGAAUCCGGCCCAUAUAAUUAUUGAAUUUCGAAAGAGAGUAGCCAUGUCCUAAUGAGAAUAGUGGGCGUUACAGUGUCCCCGGGCUCUAAAUGCCAAAGGUAAGCAGGAAAAGGCUUGGCUACAUGUAAUUUUAAAUAUUGAUGGCAUCAUAUUUUCAAUACAGCUGCUCAUAAAGACAUUGUUGACUUAAAAUCAAUGAAAAUUCUGUUUUACGGAAUUCUUUUUAGGUUAAACUUUUAGGCAAUGGAUUGAUUCAAUGUUAGUACACUACUGUUAUGUAUAUUGCAAAGUUACAGCUCCAAUUUGCGUUUCGUUUAAUAUUAUUAAUUCGUUAAUGAUUUAUACAGUCCUUUGUUGACUCAAAAUCAAUGAAAAUUAUGUUUUCUGGAAUUAUUUUAGGUUAUCUUUUUCAAUAAAUUUAAAAAAAUGGAAUGGGGUCUAUCGUUCUACUUUUCUGCACCGACUGGGCUAAUGAAGACAUACAUACGCCAUGUAGUGUGUUAUGAUGGACAUUU